AUGUGGGUCAAACGCGGUCGAGGCUGGGAGUGCGUCGUAUUCGAAACAUCGAUCGGCCGAAAGCAGAAAAAUCCGAUGCGCUUCGAGUUUGGUUGUCUCGAGCCGAAAGCGGCGAAAUUCUUCCACAACUACGGCCUAUUGGUGUCGGCGCAUCCGGCGAUUUUCAUCGUUCUUCCGCUGUUGUCGACCGCGUUUUUGGCGACAGGUCUCAUCGGUUUGGAGCCGCUCAGCGAUGCUCUCUACCUCUACACACCAACCGAUGCGCAGAGCAAGAUUGAGCGUCGGAUCAUUCAUGAUGCGUGGCCGCUGGUCGACGGCACCUACGUGGCUGGUCGAGCGGUGACGCAGUCGCGAGAAGUCCAGGUGGCGACCGUCGCCAAACACGACGGCAACAUUCUCGAGGAGGCGUACGCCAAUGAGCUGAAGCUCAUGGACGACUACAUUCGCAACGCGAUUCGCGUCGAGUUCAACAAUCGCACCUACGGCCUGUCGGAUUUGUGUCUCGCUGGUCCCGACGCUCGUUGCGCCAAUCACGAUCAUAUACAGUUGGUGUCGCGGCUCUACGCGCACGGCAUCAAUAUCACCUAUCCGACGGUUCGAUUGGCCGACAAAAGCGCCUACAUCGCGGCGGCGCUCGGCGGCGUCAAACUCGCCAAAAAUGGCGAUGAGAGCAUUAUUGUGGGCGCGUCGGCGUGGUUGUUCAUCUAUCAACUCAAAUUCUAUCCGAACAAUGUCUCAUAUGUGUCGGGUCUAUGGGAGAAGAAAUUCAAAGAGCAAAUGGAUGAGUACCGAAAGAAGCAGAAGCACAUCGACAUCACCUACUUUCACUCGCAAACGCUUUCCGACGAGCUGAAAAAGAACGCCGAGAGUCUGGCGCCAAAAUUCGUCACCUCGUUCGUCAUUCUCGUCAUAUUCUCGGUGUUCUGCUCGAUCGUCACCAUCAAAGGCUCGGCGUACAUCGAUUGGGUCGUCACGAAGCCGAUACUGUCGCUGUUGGGCGUCUCGAACGCCGGAAUGGGAAUCGCGAGCGCGAUGGGCCUCAUGACGUAUUUGGGCAUCCAGUACAACGACAUCAUCGCCGUCAUGCCGUUUCUCGUCGUCGCCGUUGGCACCGACAACAUGUUUCUGAUCGUCGCCAGUCUGAAGCGCACCGAUCGCAAAAUGAAGUACGAGCUGAGAAUCGCCGAAUGCAUGGCCGACGCCGCCGUUUCGAUACUCAUCACCGCGUUGACGGACGCGCUCUCAUUCGGCGUCGGCACGAUCACCACAAUUCCGGCGGUGCAGAUCUUCUGCCUGUACACGAUGUGCGCGCUGCUGUUCACCUUCCUCUACCAGCUCACCUUCUUCUGCGGCCUUCUCGUCUACUACACGAAAUGGGAGGAGCAGUGUCUGCACAGCGUGUGGCUUCGCGACGCCGUCAUCUAUUCGCCGACGUCGCCGCUCGUCGUCCGCCUAUUCUGGCUCGGCUCGACGCCGUCGUCGUCGUCGUCGAAGCACCAUUGCGCCGGCACCUCGUUCUUCCGCAAUUGGUACGCGCCGGUGCUGAUGCAGCCGGCGAUUCGGACGCUGUCGGCCGUCUGGUACCUCAUCUAUUUGGCGCUGUCCGUCUACGGAUGCGUUCAUCUCAAGGAGGGCCUCGAGCCGGCGAAUCUGCUCGUCGACGAUUCGUACGCGACGCCGCACUAUCGCGCCCUCGAGAAACACUAUUGGCACUACGGCGCGAGCCUUCAGAUCGUCGUCAGCAAUCCGCCGGACCUUCGCGAUCCCGCCGAGCGCAUCAGCAUGGACAAAAUGGCGUCAACGUUCGCCAAUUGUCCGCUGUCGAUCGGCGACGACGGCGUCCAAUUCUGGCUUCGCGAGAUGCUCCGAUUCGAGGAGAUCCGUGGCGUCGAGUACACCAAUGAGAGGUUCUAUGAGCACGCCGCCGAGUUCAUCUAUUCGGAUCUCUCGCAGCCGUGGGUCGUCGACGUCGUCUGGAGUCGCAACGCCACCGAUCGCCGCAUCAGCACGUUUCGAUUCAUGAUCGGAAUGCGCGACAUCUCGACGACGACGAAACAGACGGAGGCGACGAACACGUUCCGCGAGAUCGCGUCGAGAUUCGACAAGUACAAUGUGACCACCUAUAUGCCGCUAUGGUUGUUCACCGAUCAAUACGCUCUAGUCGUCCCGAAUACCCUUCAAGACAUCGUCGUCGCCGUCAUCUGUAUGCUUCUGAUCUCGGCGCUUCUCAUCCCGCACGCCGUCUGCUCGCUCUGGGUCGCCGUCACCAUCGCCUCGAUCGAUCUCGGCGUUCUCGGCUUCAUGACGCUAUGGGAUGUGAAUCUGGACGCGAUCUCAAUGAUCACCAUCAUCAUGUCGGUCGGCUUCUCCGUCGAUUAUUCGGCGCACAUCACCUACGCCUACGUCAUCUCCAAAGAGGCGACGACGACGAAGCGCGUGUGCGACGCGCUUGGCGAUUUGGGAUGGCCGGUGGCGCAAGGCGCCUUCUCGACAAUCCUAGCCGUCUCGGUGCUGGCGAACGUGCCCGCCUACAUGAUCGUCACAUUCUUCAAGACCGUCUUCCUGGCCAUCUCGAUCGGCUUCCUUCACGGCCUCGUAUUUCUACCGCUGUUGCUGUCAGUGUUCGUCGGUAGCUGCUCGUCGAAAAAAUAA